UGCUGGUUUAUCUGCGCCUCCAGCGGCCGAAGAGCUUCCAGUGAAGCGGUUCAGGCUGAAGCCGACGUGUGCUUACAGGAGCGCUCUGCUUUCACCAGCUGCUGGAUUUACAGCGAUAACGAUGGUGUUGUUAGAAAACGACGCGUUCCUGACGGAGCUCACUCGUCUGUUUCAGAAGUGCAGGACCAGUGGGAGUGUGGUCAUCACCUUAAAGAAAUAUGAUGGCAGGACAAAGCCGGCACCGAGGAAAGGCCAUCCAGAGACUUUUGAACCAGCUGAUAACAAAUGUCUCAUUAGAGCAUCAGAGGGCAAGAAAAAAAUUAGCACAGUGGUCAGCACCAAAGAAGUAAUAAAAUUCCAGAUGGCAUAUUCCAAUUUGUUGAGGGCGCACAUGGAUGGCCUGAAGAAGAAAGACAAAAAGAGUAAAAGCAAGAAGACUAAAGCUACACAGUGAUGGACAAUGAGGAGAGAGAGGAGCUGUUGAUUCAGCCUGUCCCGGGGCAACCUUCACCUGUGCCACACUCUACUAGACUCAAACCUUCACCCUCAAACAGCUGGCCAACUGAGACCACCUCUCUCUCCUCCCAGCUCCAGUUGUGGCAUGUUCUCAUGAACAUGCAUUUCAUUAAGCCAUUCAUAUUUGCCGCUCCACAGAGGCUGAGAGAGUGAAAGGAGGUCCGUCUCGUUUUGAGCUGAGAAACAGUAAUCUCUGUGAAUGGUGCAAGAAGGUUGUGUACAGUGUCCCUCAUUUGAAACCGUUUAUUUGGUCAGAACAGCAGGGCUUAACUUGGUGAGAUGGUGCCAUAUGAUAUGAGGGCUGAAUCUGUCAUUGGUUAUGGCUUUAUCCAAUUUUUUUCAAACCACAUUUUAAUUUACUUUUAGAAGUUUAGGUCUUUAUGGCAGAAUUUCACCUCUGAUGUACAGGUGUUACAUUCUGCAUUCUUCAUUUUUACAGUUUUGUUUUUUGGACUAAGAAUAUGUGUAUUUGUAUAUUUGAAAGACAUAUGUUCUUUAUUACCAGAUUAAUACAGAAAAACUUUUCAUUGUUACUUGUGCCUUGAAUGUGAUGCUUCAGUUUAACCCCCCCCCCCCCCCAACAAAACAAAAAAAAAAAACAACCAGGCAAUGGAAUUUAUGUUUAUGCUAAUAAAUAGUUAUUGCAUCUGACAUCAUUCAUCUAUUUAUAACAGUGCAAUGAGCUAGUGAUGCAGAGUCUGAAUGAUGGGUUAGUUUAUUUUUUGGUCACAAAUUAAAAUUUUGCUCAGUGUAAUAGUUCACUGAGGUUUUUUUAUUUUUUGGUCUGAAAUAAUUGGUUCUGUGUAAUAAAGUUGCUCUUGCCCUUUAUCAGGCACUUUGGCAGUGACUUAACCUUAAUUUAC